AUGAGUAACUACAGCGUUGUCAGGGAAUUUGUGCUGCUGGGAUUUUCUCAUCUCCAUGAGUUCCAGGUCCUCCUGUUUGCUUUCAUCCUGUUGAUACACAUGCUGACAGUGCUGGGGAACCUGGCUGUCAUCACGCUCACUUGCCUGGACUCCCGUCUCCACUCACCCAUGUAUUUCUUCCUCUGCAACUUCUCCCUCGUGGAGAUGCUGGUCACCUCCACUGUGGUUCCUAGGAUGCUGGCAGACCUGCUGUCCCCUCACAAGACCAUGUCCCUGGCUGAAUGCCUGACCCAGUCUUUCUUUUACUUCUCCCUGGGCUCCACCAACUUCCUGAUCCUCACUGUCAUGGCCUUUGACCGCUACGUGGCCAUCUGCCACCCUCUGCGCUACCCAGCCAUCAUGAGCGGUCCAGUGUGUGUGAGGCUGGUGGUUGCCUGCUGGGUGGUCGGCUUCCUCUCCAUCGUCUCCCCCACUGUGCAGAAAACACGGCUCUGGUUCUGCGGCCCCAGAGUCAUCGAUCACUACUUCUGUGACUCUGCCCCACUCCUCGAGCUUUCCUGCUCCGACACACGCCACAUCAAGCGCAUGGACUUCUUCUUGUCCCUGCUCUUCGUGCUGGCCACCAUGCUGCUCAUCGUGGUCUCAUACAUCCUCAUCGUGGCAGCCGUGCUCCACAUCCCCUCAUCCUCCGGGCGCCAGAAGGCCUUCUCCACCUGUGCCUCCCACCUCACAGUGGUGGCUCUGGGCUAUGGCAGUACCGUCUUCAUCUAUGUGAGGCCAGGCAAGGGCCACUCCACACAUUUCAACAAGGUGGUGGCCCUGGUGACUGCAGUCGUAACCCCUUUCCUCAACCCCUUCAUCUUCACCUUCCGGAAUGAGAAGGUCAAGGAAGUCAUUGAGGAUGUGACCAGAAGGAUUCUCCUCAGAGACCCAGCAGCCCGUAGAUGA